AUGGCUAACACACUCUCCGUCCGUAGAGGUCAUCCUAUUUUAUGCCACAGGUCGCUCUCAGAUGGAUCAUUUAUCCAAGAUCAUUAUCAUUGCAAAGCCUCCUCAUACAAGCCCACAAACCCAUCUCCUAGCCCUCACGAACCGGUUGUCCACUCAAUAUCACCGACUGGUCACCCACCCAGUGCGCAGGUCUCCGUCAAGGACAGUGGAAUUGUGUACAGCAUCUUCAGAGGGUACCUCAGCACUAUCCCCCCUCCAAUCACUCCCAAAUCAGUUGCUACAAUUUUCUACAAGGGUUCUCAAGAAUCUCCAGCUUUUGCAUCAGAAACAUUAGAUUGUCUCUAUGGCUCAUAUGUCUCAGAGUUAUGUCUCACAAGUUUUCUGCAGAUAAUGGAGAAGCUAUCCACUCCUUAUCAGCAGAUGAGCAGCUCUCAUCGCUGCUUGGAUGAAGAGAAUCAGCCAAGAGUGGUAGAAGUGACAAUGGGUCCUCCUCCGAACCCAGAGUAUCUAUCCUUUGAAGAUAUGCGGAAACAUGAGAAUAUAUGGAAAUUUGAGCAGGAAUGGAAUGUGGAAGUCGUCUUGCAGAAAGAAAGUGUGUUUCGCAGACAUAAGCGGUUAGCUGUUUUUGAUAUGGAUAGUACUCUCAUUCAAGAGGAGGUCAUUGAUGAGAUUGCCAGGUUUAUUGGUUUGGAGAAAGAAGUUUCAGAAUUAACUAUGCUUGCAAUGAAUGGUGAGCUUGACUUCCCAGCUUCCUUAAAAGCUCGUGUGGGCCUCCUAAAGGGUGUACCUGCAGAUGUUUUUGAAAGGCUGAAGUCCACUAUUACUAUCUCACCUGGUGCCCGCGAGCUUUGCAGUGCCCUAAAAACCCUAGGAUACAAGAUGGCCGUUGUGAGCGGCGGCUUUCAACCCCUUGCAGAUUGGUUGGCCGGUGAAUUAGGGCUGGACUAUGCCUUUGCCAAUCAUCUCGAAAUCGACAAUAUCACUCAAUCCCUGACUGGUAACCUUAUUCCAGGGUAUCCAAUCAUUGACGCUGCACGAAAACGACAUAUACUGCACACCCUUGCUGCUGACAAUGGCAUUUCCAUGAUGCAAACGCUGGUGGUUGGUGAUGGUGCGAACGAUCUCCUCAUGCUGAAAGAAGCUGGGUUGGGUGUGGCAUGGAGGGCGAAGGCCAAGGUACAGCUGGAAGCACCAACUAGGCUUAAUGGCACGUCACUCAAGGAUAUUUUGUACCUGCUGGGAUUACAGGAGGAGGAUAUCAAAGAACUGAUUGUGGCUGGAAAGACAAGAAAGGCAGGUUAGUUUAAAAAGUCGUGAGCUGACUUUCUGAUCAGUUUGUUGCUAAAUAAAUAUCAUUCACACUAAGUGUGAUUAGCAAACAAUCUACAUAAGAUGAUUACGAGAGGCUUUAUCUCCAACCCACGAAUUUUUAUACCGCAGCAUAAUAAAAAAAGGCCAAUGGUGUAGUGAGUGAAAUACAGCGAGUCCUCCGAAACCUAAUCAUCUACCUAUUUCCAAACAUAAAUCUAUUCCCAAGGAUAUCUUGUCAGUCAACAGUUCAGUGUACCAACCUUGCAGUUUCUGUUGGCUCUAGGCUUUCUAUUACGUACUAGCACAACGCACACAUAUAUGCCACAGCUGCCUACAUGCUAAU